AUGUGUGGCAUUUGUUGUGCCGUAAGCUUUUCUGUUGAGCAUUUUGGUGAAGAUUUGAAAGAGGAUUUACUGUGUAAUCUUAAACGUCGAGGCCCCAAUAGCAGUAAACAGCUGUUAAAGUCUAAUGUUAACUACGAGUGUUUAUUUUCUGGUCAUGUCCUUCACUUAAGAGGUGUAUUGACUGCCCAGCCUGUGGAAGAUGAAAGAGGCAAUGUAUUCCUCUGGAAUGGAGAAGUCUUUAGUGGAAUAAAAGUUGAAGCUGAAGAAAAUGAUACUCAAAUAAUGUUUAAUUAUCUUUCCUCUUGUGAGAAUGAAUCUGAUAUUUUGUCACUCUUGUCAGAAGUCCAAGGUCCUUGGUCUUUUAUAUAUUAUCAAGCAUCUAGUCAUUCUUUAUGGUUUGGUAGGGAUUUUUUUGGUCGUCGUAGCUUGCUUUGGCAUUUUGGUAAUUUGGGCAAGAGUUUCUGCCUCUCUUCAGUUGGUUCCCAAACAUCUGGAGUGGCCAAUCAGUGGCAAGAAGUUCCAGCAUCUGGAAUUUUCAGAAUUGAUCUCAAGUCUACUUCCAUUUCCAAAUCUGUUGUCUUAAAAUUGUAUCCUUGGAAACAUAACUCUAAGGAGAAUGUUAUCAAAGAAUGUGUCAAUAGUCUGACUCAUAUUUCAGCAGACUUGCCAACAUUUGUAUCGGUGGUAGCAAAUGAAGCCAAACUUUAUCUUAAAGAACCUGUCAUUCCUUUAAAUACGAUGUUGCCACAUGCCCCACUUGGGGUCCAUUGCAGUAGCAUUUCUAGCAUCCCACCAACAAGAGAGACCCUUCAGGUCUUUCUUACCAAUGGAUGCAUGAAGAAAGUAGUUCAGCAGUUCAUUGAUGUCCUGACUGUUGCAGUCAGUAGACGUGUCUUGUGUUUACCCAGAGACGAAAACCUGACAUCAAGUGAAGUUUUGAAAACUAGUGAGAGGAAAGCAAAUGUUGCGAUCCUGUUUUCUGGGGGUAUAGACUCCAUGGUUAUUGCAGCCCUCGCUGACCGUCAUAUUCCUUUCAAUGAGCCAAUUGAUCUUCUUAAUGUGGCCUUCAUGACUAAACAAAAGACCACACCAACUAGUUUUAACAAAAAAGGGAGAAGACAGAAAGAUCAUUGUGAAAUACCUUCUGAAGAAUGCUCUGAAAAUGUCACUGCUGCUUCUGCUGCUAGUCCCGGUGAACAAUUCAAUGUACCAGAUCGAAUCACAGGAAGAGCAGGGCUAAAGGAACUACAAGCUUCCAGUCCUUCCCGGAUUUGGAAUUUUGUCGAAAUUAAUGUUUCUCUGGAAGAACUUCAAAAACUGAGGAGAACUCGAAUAUCCCACCUAGUUCAUCCCCUGGAUACGGUGCUGGAUGAUAGCAUUGGCUGUGCAGUCUGGUUUGCUUCUAGAGGAGCCGGUUGGUUAGUGACCCAGGAUGAAGCAAAACCAUACCAGAGCGCUGCCAAGGUAGUUCUUACUGGAAUUGGUGCAGAUGAGCAACUCGCAGGUUAUUCUCGCCAUCGUGCCCGCGUUCAGACACACGGGUUGGAAGGACUGAAUAAGGAAAUUGCGAUGGAACUCGGUCGAAUUUCUUCCAGAAAUCUUGGUCGUGAUGACAGAGUUAUUGGCGAUCAUGGAAAAGAAGCAAGAUUUCCUUUCCUGGAUGAAAAUGUUGUUUCCUUCCUAAAUUCCCUACCAAUUUGGGAAAAGGCAGAUUUGACUUUACCCCGUGGAAUUGGUGAAAAACUAAUUUUGCGUCUUGCAGCAGUGGAACUUGGUCUGACAACCUCUGCUGUUCUGCCGAAACGGGCCAUGCAAUUUGGAUCCAGAAUUGCAAAAAUGGAAAAGAAUAAUGAAAAGGCAUCUGAUAAAUGUGGAAGGCUCCAAGUCAGUUCCUUAGAAAACCUUUCUAUUGAAAAAGAUUAAAAUGUAAUAUCUCACAGUGUAACGUUUACUGAAUGAUGAUUUAAAAAAAAAGACUCUCUGUUGUAUAAUGUGGCUUUAAAGUUCAUUAUGUGAAUUUUUACUUAACUUUGUAGCUUAACACAACCAACUUAUUCAAAUCGACACUCCAGAGAAAGAGAGACUACUUGAAAGAACAACCUAAUAGAACUUUCCUAAUAGAAAAGUCUAGUAUUUUUUUUCUCACGUAAACCUGUUUAUUCUAGGAAGAGCAACUCAUUGAGAGAUAAAACUGUUUUAAAAAUUCA